AUUGUGUUAAAGGAAAAUGCAACAGGAGGAAAACAAUAAAUAGCAAACUAAAAAAGCAAAAUUUAAUUUACCAAAGGGUCAUUUUCUUUUUACAUCAGAAAGUGUAAGUGCAGGUCAUCCAGAUAAAUUAUGUGAUUUUAUUAGUGACAGUGUAUUGGAUGCAUGUUUAGAAUAAGAUCCAAACUCGAAAGUUGCUUGUGAAUCAGCAUGUAAAAACUCUCUUGUAAUGGUAUUUGGUGAGAUUACAACUCAUGCUUAAGUACCUUAUGAGACUAUUGUGAGAGAAGCAAUAAAAUAAGUUGGCUAUGAUAAUAUAAGUAUUUAUAGAAUAGUUAUAUAUAAGAUAAGGGAUUGGAUUAUAGAAAUGCAUCAGUAAUAGUAUCAUUAGAUUAAUAAUCAUAAGAGAUAAAUUAAGCAGUAGUAGGAGCAAAACAUGAGGAUGAAAUUGGUGCAGGUGAUUAAGGAUUAAUGAUUGGAUAUGCUUCUGAUGAGACCCCUGAAUUAAUGCCAUUAACACAUCAUUUAUGCAAUAGAUUGAUUUCAAGACUUUAGGAAUGUAGAACAAGUGAAAUAUGUCCAUGGAUGAGACCAGAUGCAAAAGUGUAGGUGACAAUAGAAUAUAAAAGAGAAGAUUCUUCAUUUCAUCCUGUAAGGAUUCAUAACGUAUUAAUUUCUUAAUAACAUGAUGAAAAAAUAAGUCAUAGUGAGAUAGAAACAGAAUUACAUGAACAUGUGUUAAAGUAUCUAAAAAUAUUCUAUUGAUUUUAGACAUGUAUUACCAUAAAAAUAUGUUGAUGAAUAAACUAAAUAUCAUUUAAAUCCAUCUAAAGCAUUUACUGUAGGAGGUCCAUAUGGUGAUGCUGGAUUAACAGGACGUAAAAUAAUAGUAGAUACUUAUGGUGGAUGGGGUGGUCAUGGAGGAGGAGCUUUCUCUGGUAAAGACCCUACUAAGGUUGAUAGAAGUGCUGCUUAUGCUGCUAGAUGGGUAGCUAAAUCACUUGUAGCAUCUAAAUUAUGCAAAAGAGUUAUGAUCUAAGUUGCUUAUGGAAUUGGAAUUAGUGAACCAUUAUCUAUAUGUGUCAAUUCUUAUGGAACUAGUACAGAAGGACUUGAUGAUGAUGAUUUAUCUGAUAUUGUCUAACAUAAUUUUGAUCUUAGACCUGGUGUUAUUAUUAGAGAAUUAAAAUUAAGAAGACCAAUCUAUGCUAAAACUGCCUCAGGAGGACAUUUUGGUAGAAAUGAACCUGAAUUCACUUGGGAAUAACCUAAAAUUAUCAAUUUAUCUGCUUGGAAAACUCACAAAGCAGAAUAAUAAUAACAAAAUUUAUGAUAAAAUCAACA